AUGAUGCCAACACACGUGACCGACGACUUUCGCUCGCGCCUGGCGGCAGCCGAGAAGGCCGCGGAGGCGGAGUGGGCUGCACGCCAGGAGGUGUCCGAGAAGAUUACUGUGCCGGUCGUGAAGCACAGGCAGGUGCCCAUGGUCCAGGAGGUCGAAAAGAAGAUUCAGGUGCCCCAUGUGAAGUACACAGCCUGUCACGUGGAGGCAGAAGGUGUCGGCGCUGACACCGAUGUGGUGGAGGAGGAGCCCCCCUCCCUCCUCUUCGCUGCCCUGCAACUCCUGGGCAGCUACGCAGGCUGCUGCGUCGCGAAGGACAAGCGCAUUUGA